CUUCAAAGCACAAAGCCUAAAUAGCAAGCAAGGAAGGGCUGAUUAGACUUUAUAUCUCCAGCAUUUCUGCAGCACUGCUGAUGGCGUCGAUCGAAGCUCAAAUCUCUGCGGCAUUUGCCGCCGAUGCGCCAAAGACCCAGUUUGUGCGGCCCACCGACGCCGACGCCUGGGGCGGCUCGACGGACAAGAAGACGUGGACGAAACCCACGGACGAGAAGAAGCCCGAGGGCCCGCAGUCGCUGGAGGACGGUAGGUGGGGCCCGUCGACGGAGGAGCUUACGUUCUAUGCUCGUAAAUCGUGGGCCGACCGCCAGCCUGAAUCUGUGGCGCACGGCGAGCUGAAGGAGCGGGCGAAACAGGGUGAUAGAAUAGCUGCCUGCGACCUGGGCAUCCUCCACCUGCUCGGCGAGCGCGGCGCGCGCAAAUCCGGCAAGGAAGCUUUGAGAUAUUUCACGGAGAGCGCCGAGGCCGGCGACGCGCGCGCGGCGACGAACCUGGCGGUCCUGCUUUCGAGGGGCGACGGCGUGGCCAAGGACCCGGCCGCGGCCGUGCGGUGGUACGGCGUCGCCGCGCAGAGCAAAACGAAGAGCAAGCUCCGCGACAUGCACGACCUGCGGUCCGUCCCGCGGCCGCCGCCGCCCACGCCGCCGCCGCCGCCGCCCGUACGAACGUUUUCCGAGGAGGCCCCGGACGUGUCUACGUCCACGAAUGCCUCAUCCGCAGACGCGGCGGCGGCGCCGGACGCGCCAGAAUCUCCGGGCGACGCUCCGGUCGAGGAGGACGCCGUCGUGGACGUUGUGGAGGAGGACACUGCGCCGGGCGACGAUCCCGUUCCCGCUGUCGCCGAGGAGCCCGAUGUGUCCGCGGCGUAAAUUGAUCUGUG